CCUUAACCUUGAUCACCUUGGAGAUAAAAUAAUUCAUGGCAACAUAUUGGUUCUAUUAUGUUACCAUGGUAAUUUAUCCACAUGAUAGGUUAUCCAACAGCGGCUCAUGGGCCAUUAAAACAAUCAAUCAUCUUGAUUACAUCUAUUACUGAUAUUCGCCACAUAGCAAAGGAAAGGAGGGAGAGAGGUGCCCAAAGUGGGCGCGCUAUCAGAAACGCGAUCAUCCAAUCAGCGAUGAUCUUUUGAUCGAUGCAGAGGACAGCCAAUGGCGGACAUUUCGCGGCCCUUUAUUUUGUUGGGUGGGUGCGGUGCGGUGCCUGUUGGCUCAUAGCUCGCUGGGACGCCGGGGAAAAUAAAAAGGCAAAGUGUCGAGGCCACGCGCACAUUUUUCUUUUUUCUUCCCAUCAUUCAUAACUUUUCUCUCUCUCUUUGAAAUAACACGCCAUGGCUUCUGUCCUCGAACAAAUCAAGCAAUACACCACCAUCGUCGCCGACUCUGGUGACUUUGAGACCAUCGCCCAGUACAAGCCCCAGGAUGCUACCACCAACCCAUCCUUGAUUUUGGCUGCUUCCCAGAAGCCCCAGUAUGCUGCUCUUAUUGAGGAGGCCGUUGCUUUCGGCAAGGCCAAGGGCGGUAACGCCGAGGAGCAGCUCGAAUGGGCCGUUGACAAGCUUUUGGUUAACUUUGGUAAGGAAAUCUUGAAGAUUGUCCCUGGUCGCGUCUCGACCGAAGUCGAUGCUCGUCUCAGCUUUGACGCCGACGCCACUAUUGCCAAGGCUCUUCGUUUGAUCAAGUUGUACGAGGAAGACAGCGUCAGCAAGGACCGUAUCUUGAUCAAGAUUGCCUCGACCUGGGAAGGUAUCCAGGCCGCUUCGGUUUUGGAGAAGGAGCACGGCAUCCACUGCAACUUGACCUUGUUGUUCGGUUUCCCCCAGGCUGUUGCCUGUGCUGAAGCCGGCAUCACCUUGAUUUCGCCCUUCGUCGGCCGUAUCUUGGACUGGUACAAGAAGUCGACUGGCAAGACCUUCGAGAGCCACGAAGACCCCGGUGUCUUGUCGGUGACCAAGAUCUACAACUACUACAAGCAGCACGGCUACAACACCAUUGUCAUGGGCGCCUCGUUCCGUAACACUGGCGAAAUCGAAGAGUUGGCUGGCUGCGACUUCCUCACCAUCUCGCCUGCCUUGUUGGCUGAAAUGCAGAAGGAUACCAAGCAGUUGGCUCCCAAGCUGACUGUCGAGAAGGCCAAGGCUGAGCAGCUCCCCAAGGUCGAGUACUUCACCAACGAAAAGGCUUUCCGCUGGGACAUGAACGAGGAUGCCAUGGCCACCGAAAAGUUGUCCGAGGGUAUCCGCAACUUUGCCAAGGAUGGUCGCAAGCUCGAGGAUAUGUUGAAGGAGAAACUGUAAAUAACAAUCCCACAUCUCCAACCCACAUCUUCUUCCUCUUUAGCGAAUAUUUUACCCUUUUACAUGACCGUAUAUUUUCCCGUUCAUAACCAAAACACACAUUGACGAGCCCACAUAACAACCCCACCUUAUUCACUUGUUGGAAUACUCUUAAAUCGGCACCCUUCCGCUGAUUGUUUGAAAUUAUAAAUAAACAAAAAAACACGCGCCUUGUAUGAUUCAAAA